ACCGUCCCGCCUCCCAGCGACUCUCGGCGGUGCCGGAGUCGGGUGGGUUGGCGGCUAUAAAGCUGGUGGCGAAGGGGAGGCGCCGCGGACUGUCCUUUCGUGGCUCACUCCCUUUCCUCUGCUGCCGCUCGGUCACGCUUGUGCCCGAAGGAGGAAACAGUGACAGACCUGGAGACUGCAGUUCUCUAUCCUUCACACAGCUCUUUCACCAUGCCUGGAUCACUUCCUUUGAAUGCAGAAGCUUGCUGGCCAAAAGAUGUGGGAAUUGUUGCCCUUGAGAUCUAUUUUCCUUCUCAAUAUGUUGAUCAAGCAGAGUUGGAAAAAUAUGAUGGUGUAGAUGCUGGGAAGUAUACCAUUGGCUUGGGCCAGGCCAAGAUGGGCUUCUGCACAGAUAGAGAAGAUAUUAACUCUCUUUGCAUGACUGUGGUUCAGAAUCUUAUGGAGAGAAAUAACCUUUCCUAUGAUUGCAUUGGGCGGCUGGAAGUUGGAACAGAGACAAUCAUCGACAAAUCAAAGUCUGUGAAGACUAAUUUGAUGCAGCUGUUUGAAGAGUCCGGGAAUACAGAUAUAGAAGGAAUCGACACAACUAAUGCAUGCUAUGGAGGCACAGCUGCUGUCUUCAAUGCUGUUAACUGGAUUGAGUCCAGCUCUUGGGAUGGACGGUAUGCCCUGGUAGUUGCAGGAGAUAUUGCUGUAUAUGCCACAGGAAAUGCUAGACCUACAGGUGGAGUUGGAGCAGUAGCUCUGCUAAUUGGGCCAAAUGCUCCUUUGAUUUUUGAACGAGGGCUUCGUGGGACACAUAUGCAACAUGCCUAUGAUUUUUACAAGCCUGAUAUGCUAUCUGAAUAUCCUAUAGUAGAUGGAAAACUCUCUAUACAGUGCUACCUCAGUGCAUUAGACCGCUGCUAUUCUGUCUACUGCAAAAAGAUCCGUGCCCAGUGGCAGAAAGAGGGAAAUGAUAAAGAUUUUACCUUGAAUGAUUUUGGCUUCAUGAUCUUUCACUCACCAUAUUGUAAACUGGUUCAGAAAUCUCUAGCUCGGAUGUUGCUGAAUGACUUCCUUAAUGACCAGAAUAGAGAUAAAAAUAGUAUCUAUAGUGGCCUGGAAGCCUUUGGGGAUGUUAAAUUAGAAGACACCUACUUUGAUAGAGAUGUGGAGAAGGCAUUUAUGAAGGCUAGCUCUGAACUGUUCAGUCAGAAAACAAAGGCAUCUUUACUUGUAUCAAAUCAAAAUGGAAAUAUGUACACAUCUUCAGUAUAUGGUUCCCUUGCAUCUGUUCUAGCACAGUACUCACCUCAGCAAUUAGCAGGGAAGAGAAUUGGAGUGUUUUCUUAUGGUUCUGGUUUGGCUGCCACUCUGUACUCUCUUAAAGUCACACAAGAUGCUACACCGGGAUCUGCUCUUGAUAAAAUAACAGCCAGUUUAUGUGAUCUUAAAUCAAGGCUUGAUUCAAGAACUUGUGUGGCACCAGAUGUCUUUGCUGAAAACAUGAAGCUCAGAGAGGACACCCAUCAUUUGGUCAACUAUAUUCCCCAGGGUUCAAUAGAUUCACUCUUUGAAGGAACGUGGUACUUAGUUAGGGUGGAUGAGAAGCACAGAAGAACUUACGCUCGGCGUCCCACUCCAAAUGAUGACACUUUGGAUGAAGGAGUAGGACUUAUGCAUUCAAACACAGCAACUGAGCAUAUUCCAAGCCCUGCCAAGAAAGUACCAAGACUCCCCGCCACAGCAGCAGAACCUGAAGCAGCUGUCAUUAGUAAUGGGGAACAUUAAGAUACUCUGUGAGGUGCAAGACUUCAGGGUGGGGGUGGGCAUGGGGGUGGGAGUAUGGGAACGGUUGGAGGCAUGGGAUAUCUGGGGAUAAUUUUAAAGAAUUACAUGUUACGUAAAUUUUUAUGUGACUGACAUGGAGCCUGGAUGACUAUCGUGUACUUGGGAAAGUCUCUUUGCUUAAUUUGCUGACAUGCUUCCUGUUGUGGUCUGGCCAAUGCCAAAUGUACUCGAAUGAUGUUAAGGGCUCUGUAAAACUUCAUACCUCUUUGGCCAUUCGUAUGCAUGAUGUUUGGUUUUUAAACAUGGUAUAAUGAAUUGUGUACUUCUGUCAGAAGAAAGCAGAGGUACUAAUCUCCAAUUAAAAAAUUUUUUAACAUGUAAGAAUUUUGUACUUUGAACAACAAGAUUACAGAAAGUACUUGUGGUUUUUGGAAAACAUUUCUAGCUUGGGGAAUGUGACAACAUUCCCAGUGUGGUAAAAUUGGAGUAAAAUGUGGUAAAAUGUGAUAUGCACAAACCCUUUGAAAAUAGCAAAACAAACAUGCCCUUUUUCUAAAAUUGAUAAAUCCUAAAGAGGAAGAAAAGAGUUGGGACAAUAAAACACUGGCUCUGGAAUCUGGAAUGUUAAGUCCAGGCCAGCAGUGACAAAAGUUAUUGUAAUGACCUCUGAACAGAGAAACACUACCAUUAAACAGGCUUCUGGUAUAGAAAACAUGGUACAUUCAGGAGCUGUGAAUAUAGCUCUAGGUAUGCUCCUGAAUCAGUUCAUGGUAGAUUAUGCUGAACAACAGUGAGAUGUUAUUGGAGGUGUGGAUGAGGGAGUUUGUUGUUGCAAUCCUUCUUUGCACCUUAUUUUAAAGAAUAAAUGAAACAUUUUUCUGGUUAGUUUUUUAAAAAUUUAAAAUGGAAGGGAAGAAUAGGGGCAGGGCAUUAUUAGGCUAUUUCUGAUGCUUCAGUGUUAUAAAUUCAACAUAUAGGCUGACAACCUAAAUUCAUGGUGUAACACGUGAAUUUUUUUCCUUUUUUUUUUUUUUUUUUUUUUUUUUGGUAUCUGUUCAGUGAAAAUAAGGUACGACCCAAGUUUUUACCUAGUCUGACUAGAAGUAUUCCACUUCAAGGUCUGAAGUAGGACUUUUACCUUAAAAAAGAAACAAAACAAACAAAAACUAUCACACAGGAUAGAUAAGAAGAUUGGUUAAACAGUUUUGUGUAGAUCUUUUUGGUGCUGAACUAUGACAUGAGCCUUAUAGAUUGUAAAAUAGAGAUAGUUGGAACUAAUGUACAGAACUAAAUUUUUUAAACUUUAUUUGCUGUUAAAUUCUGUGAAGUUUCAGUUAUCUAAAAUAAACAUACACAAAUAUGAAAUGUAAUGUUUCAGAUUGCAAGGUAAUAUGUAAUAGUAGUGUUUGUAUGAUACUCUUGUCUAAUAUUAACUAGUAGUAUUUUGAUUUGUACAGUCAUAAUUUGUUAAAAUGACUUCAUUUAACAUUCACUGAUAACAGAUUAAUAAUGUAAGUUCUGAUUUAAAGAAUGGUGGGAAAAUGGUGCAUGUAAUACUUUUGCAAGUGUUGGGGAGAUCGGUAUGUUUUGAAAAGAGUAAUUUAACUUUUGGGUGCCAGGAAAUGGGUUUUCUCAAAGUCCAUUGCCGGCAAUGGGCAGGCCUACAAAUACUGGCACAGAGCAUUAAUCAUACACCUUAUUAACGGUGAGGUGAAUAACUUUGAAAUAAAGUUUUAGAGAAAUAUUUCAGA